AUGGAUGAUGGUAUAUGGCUUAGUGUUGUGAAUGGUUGGGCUUCACCUAAUUCUACUGUUAAUAAUGAAGUAAUCCCCACUCCUAUUGCUAAUUGGACUAGAGUGAACUUAGAUGAGUGUAAACCUAAGAUUGAGAAGUCAAUUGCCUUAAACAUCAUUAGAUAUGAAGAUCCUGACUCUACCCAUUCAGAUUCUCCUAAUGAAGAGGAGUUUGCUUACCUUACUAAAAAAUUUCGAAAAAUAUUUAGGAAUAAACAAAAACCUCAAGAAAAGCAUAGAAGUGGUCCUCGUGGAUCUAGGAAGAGUUUUAAAACUGUUAGGAAUCUUACUAGUGAGCUUGGAAAGACCUAUAGGGGAGCUAAUGAGCUGACAGUUGAAAAGGAAAUCUUAAAAAUCCAAGCUAAAAAUCUUUUGAGCGACCUAGAGUAUUCCAAGUCUCAACUUCUUGCCUUUCCUAGUGCUUCUAUAAAGCUGGAUAGCAUUCUAGGAAUUGGCAAGCCUGCUAGUAAUAAAGGAGGUUCAGGAUAUAAUAAAAAUGAUCAUAACGUUUCUAGUACGUCCAAGACCACAUUUGUCCCUGCUACUGACCAGCUUAAACAUGUACUCAACCUUGAAACUUAG